UUGAAUAUGAUGUGGCCGAAAGUACCACACAUAUGCCUAACAACCAAGUACGCCAAAGUGGGUUUUUGGCUAAACCCAUUUUUGGUUCAAUUCAACCUCUGCCGAGUUGUUCCACCGCAAUGUUGGCUAGCGGCGGCGGCGGCGGCUGCUCUCGUGUCUCUCUGCACCUACGCGAGUGUGACCUUAGCUUUGGGUUUUACAGUUCCACAAUAGCCCACCGCCUGUCCCGCUCUUCUCCCCUUAACACUUUUCGGAAACGAAUUCAGCAGAGGAUGAUUUCUUCUUCACUCAUCUACUCUAAAUCUCCCAGUGAGGUUCCUCUUCUCUCAACCUGUUUCAGAAGCCAACAAGAAGUUGAUCGUGGUGAGGUUCCUUCUGAAGGAUUGUCCUCAGUGGCAGGUGGAGUUGUUGCUCUCGGAAAGUUUGAUGCCCUUCAUAUUGGCCAGCGUGAACUCGCAGUUCAGGCUUCAAAAGUUGGAACACCAUUUCUUUUGUCAUUUGUUGGGAUGGCAGAAGUUCUGGGAUGGGAAUCUAGGCCUCCCGUAGUUGCGAAGUGUGAUAGGAAGCGGGUGUUUUCCUCUUGGUCCCCUUAUUGUGGGAAUGUGGCCCCUAUGGAGUUUGGGAUUGAAUUUUCAAGUGUUCGACAUCUCUCCCCUAAAGCAUUUGUUGAGAAGUUAGCCAAAGAUCUUGGUGUGCGUGGGGUUGUGGCAGGUGAAAAUUACCGGUUUGGAUAUAAAGCUGCCGGUGAUGCAGCAGAGCUAGUAAAGCUUUGUGAAGAAUAUGGUAUGGGGGCUUACAUUAUAAAUCCAGUUAUGGACAAUAAUCAACUCUUCGUCAACAUAAACUCCGGCAAUCCAAAUGACAGAGGACAAGUAUCGUCUACUCGUGUCCGCCGUGCCCUUGCUGUUGGCGACAUGAAAUAUGUGUCGGAGCUUUUGGGCCGCCGACAUCGACUCAUAUUGAAGGCAAACAAUCGGGAGGUAUUUACUUGCAAUAAACAUAAACUGUCUACUCCCAAAUCCUGUUUGUUAAAUCUAGCACCGAAGGAGGGUUUAUAUGAGAAUUGUUAUCUGAUUGUUGGUGAGAAACUAAUACCAUGUAGAGUGGUUAUUGACACAGCCCAAAUCCAUAUAGAAAUGGAUGACAUAGGUACAUCUAGUUACUUUGGCUCUGAGGACUUGGAGCUGUUGCGCAUUGAAUUUGGUAAUUCACAAUCUUAAUAAUAUUUAAUUCAUA